AUGGACCGCACGCUACCCGAACUCCCCGCUACCGCGGAAGAAAUGACAGAUGCCCAGUACGCUGCGCUCUUGGCCGAAUAUUUGGCUCGCGCCGGGUUGGGCGCGGCAGAUGAUCACGACAUGGACGCAGGCAUCACGGAGGUGGGAGAUGGCGUUAGGAAUAUGAGCAUGGAACCCGCCGCCCCCCGCACGCAUCCGGAAAAGCGCGCGGCUCGGAAGGACGCUUCGAAGCCCCCAGGUCCAUCGCAGACAAGCGCAUCGAGCUCUACGAAGGGGAAGGCGUCGGAUCGUCGCGAUCCCCCUGCGGUCCACGUUCCGGCACCGAUCGCGUCCACGUCCCGAACCACCCCUCCUCGCGCACGGCCGGUCAAGCCCGCCGUCGCAACGAGGCCGUCUCCUAGCGCGACCGAAUCCGAGCCCCCCGCGAAAAGACCUAGACCCAACCCCGCCGAACCGACGGGUUCUGGAGCGUCGCCGGCCUUCUCGCGCGACUUAUCGACCAGAGCUGCCCUCAAGGCCACUUCCGCCAUCAAGAGGGUAGCUUCCGACCCGACGGAGGAUCCGUCGGCCGUCGCCGCCCGUUUGUCGCCGGACCCUCGCCUGCGAGAUACGGGCGUUUCCCGUAGUUCGUCCGCGCCAAUCCGCGGAUCGAACGCCGGGGGUCAGUCCGCGACCGGUACGGGCCCGUCUUCGGCUACGGCUGCGGACGCCGCCGCUGCUGCCGCCGCCGCACUCGCUGCAUUGCGGUCCCACGACCUUCUAGACGCUGAGAGUCCGAUCGGACCCGACGUGGACCGCAUCGCCCCAGCCGCGAUGCAGAAGCUCGAGCACAUCGCGUCGCGCCUCAACGCCCUCGGCGACAUCGAAGAACGCCUCGCGACGCUGGUGGAUACCGUGCGGGCGACCCAAGAGGCGUCCGUUCCAUCGACUUCGGAUCGCGAGGGCGUCCGAAGGACCCUCGAGGACCUCGCACGGACGGUGUCAGAUAUCCGCGCCGCGUCGGAUGUUCAGACCGCGCUCCUCGAGAAAAACGCGACGGUCAUCGCGGACGUCCAACAGCUGCUCGGCAAGAUUUCCGGAUCCUUGGUGUCUUUAUCCGGGACGUUGGUGGAGCUCAGCAGGGGCGUCGAAAAGUUAGCGGCGACCGGACGCCCACCAGCUGCAUUCCCUAUGGCUACCCGCAACGCCGCAUCCAUCUUUAACGUCCGUCGCGUCGGAGCCACCCCGAUGGCUCAUUCGGCGAGCAAUGACAGCACCGGUAGUAAAAGGAAGGCUACGGCUUCGCCGGAUGCGAAGAGGGACGCCAAAAGGGCUGACACCGGAGUGAUGUCCGCCGGAUGGGCAUCCGAAGAUCAUCGCCGCUCUGGACGCGAGCAGAGGAUAUCCAAAGAGCGCCUUCGCUACGCGUCAUGGCUGUUCAACUCGGAAUGCUCGGGCGAUGACACGGAACUCGCGCUCUCCGCCGACAACGACGACGAGGACGAGGACGACGAGGAUCCGUUCCGCCAGGCCCUCGAUUUCAUGCUAGCCGACAUGUCUAAGGAGCUGGACGACAUGUGGAAGUCGCAGGAUGGUACGAUCCCUUGGUAG